AUGGGGAAGCUAUGUGAGCUGGCCCUUGUGUCUCUGGCCCUCCUGGCUCUACUUCAUACUGAUUCUACAUGGGCCAAGAGAAGUGGCAGCAGUAGCAGCAGCAAAAAGUCGUCAUCCAACAACAGGGGUUCAGAAAAAAAGCCAUCAAAAACAUCAAACACGCAGACAGGAAGCUACCCCAGACAACCACAGAGCCCCAACAGGAACCCCAACUCAUACCCAGCAGGAGGUAGUUAUCCAGGGAGAGGUACCAAUCAGAACCAGAACCCAGCCGGUGGAUACCCUGCUGCAGGUGGCUAUCCUGCUGCAGGUGGCUACCCCAACCAGCAGUAUCCAGGCAGAGCCAAUCCUGGGGGAUAUCCAAACCAGAACCCUGCAGCUGGAGGUUACCCAGCCGCUGGUGGCUAUCCUGCAGCAGGUGGCUAUCCCAACCAGCAGUAUCCAGGCAGAGUCAAUCCUGGGGGAUAUCCAAACCAGAACCCUGUAGCUGGAGGUUACCCAGCCGCUGGUGGCUAUCCCAACCAGCAGUAUCCAGGCCGGGCAAAUCCUGGGGGAUAUCCAAACCAGAAUCCAGCAGCGGGUGGUUACCCUGCAGCAGGAGGCUACCCCAACCAGAACCCAGGGAGAGGAGGGGUCAAUCAGGGAUACCCAGCUGGAGGUUACCCAGUAAGAGGGGGAAAUACUGGCUGGGGGCAGGCAGGGGGCUACCCUGGUGGAGGGAUGGGAGGAGGUUACCAACCCAACUGGAACCCAAACAAUAAGAUCCUCAGUCCCCGCUAUGGUUAUGGAGGUGGGCAUGGGGGUAUGGGAGGUGGCUCUCCCUUCUCACGCUCAGUUCAGAAUAUGGGGCACUACCCCUCUACUCAGUCCAAGGGCUUUGCUAAGAAGGCUCUUAUGGCCGCAGGGGUUGGGGCUGUGGCAGGUAUGGCAGUAGGCUAUGGCCUUGGGCGUUUCCCUCGCCCACAUUUCAACUUCCGCAACCCUCAGGAGGAGCAGUCCUACAACAACUACAUGUACAGCAAAUACGGUGAACGCUCCACAGAUGAAAACGACUAUGGCCGGGACUAUACCUACAAAGUACCACCGCGGGCAGAGUCCUACGAUAGCUUCAUGGAUACCUGCAUGAAGAGGAACGACCUUCUGCAGGAUCAGGGCAGCGACUCCCAGGCCACACCUAACAACCAGAGGAACAACCCCCAGGGAGCCAACAGCCAGAGCCUGCCCAUCACUCCUGAGGUGGGGAACAGCAGUCCAGCUAGCAACCAGGAGGGAACAGACACAGUGAAGCCUCUCACCCCAGCCCCUGCGGAGAUAGCUGGAGAGGAUAAGGGUAAGGAGGAGGAUGACGGCCUCACAGUGAGCAUUGAGGAGAUUGGUUACCCUGUAUUGGUGGAGCAGCUGAAGAACCGUAAGUGUGUGGAGCUGUACAUGAACUACUCUGAGCGUUUCCUGGAGAAGCAGACAGCUGAACACAGCAGCGGCAGCAACAAUAACAACAAGUAUGAGAACAGUCGCAGUAACCCCCUUGGCCAGGGGCUGGUACAGCUGAUAACCACCUUCCUCAUGGUCCUGAGCAGCACUCUCCUGCUGCAGUAAGACAGGAACACAUAGCCAUGUCCCAGUUGUCUGGAAUAGCUUCAUUUCCUAGUCACCCCUCCUCAAAAUGCCACUGAUUUCUUGUGAGGAUAGGUUAAUUAAAUAAGGUGUAGGUGGAGAUAUAACCAAUCCUUUAACUAAUCCGUGGUCAUGAAGGAAAGGGGACAAGGAAAGGAAGCCAGUGGAAAAUAACUUCCAGUGAACUUCCAGCAAAAUGAGGACCAAUAAAAAUGUGUACUGUAGGGGGUACUCGAGGAUCGGAGUUGGGAACCACUGCUGUACAUGAUACUUCACAUGGUAUUUGUACUUUAAGUGUUCGAUAUCUCGACACUAUUUCUAAA